AUGCUUCUUAAUUAUGACAAACAUUCAAUUGAAACUCUUUGCACUUUGGGGAAAGAAUUAAUUUUGGAAUUAAUGACGAGAAUGUUUACUAUUGUCAGCACAUUAAAAUUAAAUAUAAAAGGAGAUAAAUCUUUACCAAAAAACGAUAAUAAUAAUGUUGACAAUGUUCGUCUUCAAUUGGAAUAUUCUCGUCUUAUAUUUAUGGCUUUGACUGAGAUCCGUCUUCGAAUUGAUUUAAAAUUAUUUAAAGAAUUAAAGACUGGCGAAACAUUAAAAACCUGUAGGCCUUCAGACAAGGAUUUAAUUGAAUUACUUUCCAAUCCAAACCCCUUAGAAGAAGAUUCACAAAAAUUGGAAAUGUCCAAACAAUUCGAAAAAAAUCGUCAAAAAUUAUUAAAAAUAAAUUGUGAAAUGAAAAAAUUGGAGUGGAUAUCAAUUAAUUCUGACCCGUCAAUAUUUACAAUUAUUGGAAAUGAAAGUAAUGAACAGAAGAAAAUGUUAAAUGAGGAAAGGGCUAAAAGUAGACAAAGUUGA